GCGUUUUUUAGGAGCAGUUCGGGUUAUCUUCCCAAAAUGACAAUUAACGAUGUACACUGGGUUCUAUGUUGCUGCCCUUCAAGCAUAAGGGAAAAAUAGUUCAAAUUGUACGUUUCGAGCUACAUCGACAAUUACAAAGGGCGGGGGUGCUGUGUGCGUACGUAGCCAAUCAGAACCUGAGCUCCCAGCUGAAACACAUGAGGAAGCUGGUCAACAGCAACCUGAGAGACCUGCAGACAUUUGCCAAUGACACGCCAACGCAAGUUGACUACCUAAUAUCACAGUACACCACCGCCAAGAACAAAGUAAUCUACGACCUAGACAAUGUAGGCCCGCUCCUGGGUGGAAGGAUACAUGACCAGUUGGGGAAGGAGGUCCGCCCUGCUUUGGACAGAGCGCUCCACAUGGCUGGAGCCAUGCGGGACACUAAGGAGGCUCUGGAGAGUGCAAGCGUGUCUCUGGAGGUGCUCCAGGAGGGGGGUGCGAGGCUGCAGGCCAACCUCAGCCAGGUGCGCUCUGCCCUGGCGCGCACCCUGGCCGACCCGGGCUGCCAGGACGAGGACGGAGACGCCACCAGCGCCAUGCUCUGCCGCAGCAUCAACGCCUCGCUGGCACAGAUCCACCUCAGCGCCAACUUCACACGGUUAUCGGAUGUGACCCUUGAACUUGCUGGCAUAAAUGACCUGUUGAAAACGGACCUCGGCGACAUAGUGCAGAAGGGCUACUCCUCCUUCAACAACACCCCGGGCCUGGUGACCGAGCAGACCAGGAACAUUAUAGACGGAGUGCGGGGCAUGCUGGAUGGGAUAGGCAGUAACAUCACCAGCUUUUCCAAGCUGUUCCCAGUGCAGAGUUCCCUGGCCAACUUCACCAUGUUUAUCAGCCACACCCACUCCAGGAUAGAGGACUACUUCCCUGAGGUCGACCAGAUGGACUUCUACAGGUGGAUCUGCUGUAUUGCGCUGUGCUGCAUGGUGGUCCUCAUCCUGACCUUCAGCUACCUGGGGCUGCUGUGCGGCACCCUGGGAUACGACAAACACGCCUCGCCCACCACGCGAGGCUGCAUCUCCAACACAGGGGGAACGCUGCUCAUGGCAGGUGUUGGCUUCAGCUUCCUGUUCUCCUGGGUGCUCAUGGGAGUGGUGACGGUCUCCUUCCUGGUGGGGGGGAACUCAGAGAAGCUGCUGUGUGAACCCUUCCACACCAAGCAGCUGUUCAAGGUGCUGGACACCCCCUACCUGGUGAACCAGGACUGGAGGAACUUCAUCCCAGGGUACAUGUACAACGACUCAGAUCUGGACCUGACGGUGGAGAGUCUCUACAGUAAUUGUAAGGAGAGCAAAGGUAUUUACUCAGCAAUGCGCUUGGAUAAAGUCUUCAACAUCACCACCUUCCUAAACUCUACUAUGUACACCAAGGAUGUGUCGCGCAUGUUUGACAGCGUGAAGGUGGACCUGCGAGACAUCGUGCUGCUGGAGCCCGAGGGCAGGCAGAACCUGCUGGGGUUCAUAGAGACGGGCGUGGGAGACAUCAACUAUGCUGCAUACCUGGAGGAGGUGAAUAAGGGCGUGACCCAGGUGGAUCUACUUUCCUACGCUAACGAGCUGGAGGCCCAGACAGACCUGAUGCCCAGGGGUCUCCUGCAGACUUCUAUAAAGCGCCACGCCAACACUCUCCGCCAGCUUCACAGUCAGCACGUGCUCCCUAUGGAGCAGGCCAUGAGUUCGUUGAACCAGAGUAUCAGGAUGCUAGAGAGGACUGCCUCUGACCUGCCGAACAAAAUCAAUGUUGUGCUGUCAGCCAUUGAAGCAGCCCAGUAUCUCAUCUCCCAGAAUGCAACACGUGUUGUCAAUGAGGAAACUGAGAAAUAUAAGGACAUUAUUGUAGGCUACUUCAGUCAGUACAUAGAGUGGGUAAAGGCUUCGCUGGCUAUGGAGGUGGCGGGCUGCAAGCCCUUCAGCAACGUCGUGGACACGGUCGAGAUCAUCGCCUGCAGCGUCCUGCUGGAUUCCAUGAACGCGUUCUGGUUUGGCCUGGGCUGCAGCUGUUUGUUCCUGGUUCCCAGCAUGAUCCUCUCGGUCAAGCUGUCCAAGUUCUACCGCAGGAUGGACACUGAGGACGUUUACGACGACAUUGAGACAAUUCCUAUGAAAACUAUGGAAAUAGGUAAUAAUGGUUAUCAUAAUGACCGUUUGCAAGGUGUCCAUAACCCAGUAAUGACAAGCCUCCCUGCCUAUGACACUAUGACUAGGUUUCCACGGGCAUCCGCCCCCCCCCGGCACAUCGACUGGUGAAAGUGAAGGAUUUUCCCGCCCGGAAAGUGCCAUCAAAAACUGGAACUGAAACAUUGGAUUGAUAUCCAUACCCUGCCCUUGGACAAGACAAAGCACUCAUUAAAAAGAGGUCUUUGCUACUGAAGAAACCCAUAUGAGAAUCUGAUGCGUCUGGUCUGCGCGCCCCCGGCCAUCCUCCACCUUCUCCAACUCCCCGCGUCCUCUGAACAUAACCAGCUCCAUCUCAGAGGGGCGUCCUGUCGGACACAGUUUGGUUACCAGCCCUCGCUCCCUUAUUUCCUGAGUACAGAAGGCUCCUCAGAACCACGCCAGUCCUCAACACCCGCGCCUACAUCUGUUAACCUCUCACACCAAGCAGGGGCCAAGUUCACUGGGAGGACAUAGUCAUCAUUUACCCGGCUGUUGUUGCUUAAAAACAUGCAUAAAAAGAAAGAAAAAAAACUUUUGUACUUCUUAGUGUUUUGUAAAUUAUAGCUGAAACAUCUUUGUAACGUGUGGAGCUGCUAAAAGGGUAUUGCUAUUUUUUGCUCUUCGCAAAGAUUUGUAAUAACUUUGAGAAAAAUAGCUGUUUGGUUCGUACCAUGGGAAAUGGACAGUUAAAAAAAAAAUGGGUGGCUUGAGAACAAUAUUGACGUUUGUAUGUUUGCAACAGACAGUCAGAGGUGGUGUAGGUUGAAGCACGCUGGAAGGCCUUUAAGGCUGACCUGGUUUCACUACAGCAUGUUGUCUGACAUCCACCUUGGGAGGUGUGUAACUAGUUUAACCUUUAUACACCUUGGCACAAAUAUCAGGACUAUAGAACACUGCUUAGUUGAUUUUGUUGAUUAACAGUCAUGCAAGCUACCAUGUUGACUACUAACACGGCAUGUUAAUCGAUAUCUUUUGGGCUAUUGUAGAGUUCAGACGCAAAUGGAGAACUGCUAUUUGAAGCCAAAUUCAAUUUUUAAUGUAGUUCUCAGGUUAUAGUUGGGUCAUAUGCAUAACUUAUCGCUUCAAAGUUGUUUUUAAUUUGUUUUUAUUAUCCCAAAAUAGCUUCAACAUUGAUGCAUCUGAAUCUGUAAAGUAUUGAAUGGAUGAAUGUAUUGUGGGGGGUAUUUGUAUAUAAGAGGUGUAUUGUUAAUUGUGUGAGGCGGAAAGGCUGGUCUAGGCCGUGCUGAACUCAAACAUUGUAAAAUCCAUUCAAAUACUAUCACCAUCUGUUACUUGUUUACAGACAUGAUGUUCUUUCCCUGCUGUUUGCAUAGAAAAUAAUAAAUGAAAUAGACGACUUAACCAGA